AUGGCAUCUGUUUCAAUCUUUCUACUAUGGUUGUGCUUGACAAAUAACUCGGAGGCCCGUUAUGCCUCUCAGGUUCUAUCAAUCGCCUCCUACGCCGCCUUGGGGGACUCCUACGCCGCUGGAGCCGGAGCAGGCUCCCCUCUUUCCGUUUGUGGACGUUUCACAGACGCAUACCCGAUACAGAUCGCCAGCGAUAUCGGGCUGGAUAUCCGAGGCUCUCCCUUCCGGCAUCUCGCGUGUGGCGGAUCUACAAGCACGAGCGUUCUCUACAGUCAGGUCCCUGACAUUGGUAACGCAGACUUGGUAACCAUAACUGUGGCCGGGAACGAAGUAGAUUUUUCCCAAGUGCUCAACGAAUGCAUUUAUCACUGGCAUCCGUUCUCGACAUGCGAGGCUGCAAUCACUGAAUCGCGAAGACUACUGGAGUCAUCCGUUCUCUGGAACAAUUUUGAUGCACUCGUCGCCGGGACUGUUGAACGUAUGAAACCACAUAGCCUUCUCUUGGUCACCGGCUAUGCCAGGUUCUUCAACGAAAAGACAGAUCUCUGUGACCAUGUGACUUUCAGCAGGACCCGGCCUUUGGACUACCUGACCAAGUCGAAAAGAUCUUCCCUGAAUGCGCUGGUGGAAAUGUUGAAUGAAGUGAUCAGAGCCACGGCACAGGUGCAUGGAGCUUUGUACGUUGACAUCGACACCGCAUUUGCAGGUCAUCGUUUCUGCGAAGACGGGGUCCAUGAGCCGGACCUGGAAAGAACCGAUACUUGGUUUCUUAACCUUCCACCAUCCGACUUUGGCGGAGGUGGCAGAGGUCAGCUGCUGCAAGGGCCAGAGAGGACGCCGGAGAGGCAUAGGGCCCACGUUGACGGUAGUGGGUUGCCUACAUUGGAAGACUGGGUGACAUUCCAUCCAACGACCCUGGGCCAUCGGGGUAUUACUGAAGAGAUCAUGGGAUUGCUUCGAAAGAUGGUUCGGGUUGUCGAGUGA